GGACCCCCUCCCCACCCCUCCUCUCAUGGUCCAACCCCACCAGUACAGUUAUGCAGAGCACUGCUGUUCUGCAUAGACACUCACACACACACACACAAGCAACGCAACGCGUCCCAUGCUAGCUAUUUCUGGCCAGCAUCCCGGCAAAGCAGCACUACCCAAGUUUCCAGAUCCCGGCGUGGCUUGUUUUUUUUUUUUUUCUUUCUUUCCCCGCUUCUCCGUCUUCCCUAAAAAAGUUUCUACCUUAUCGAACGAAAAAUGGCGGAUACCACCUUGCAGAUAGUCGAGCAGCCCACCAUCAUUCCCGACACUCCUCCCGGGGAGACGUCGGAGAGCGGGGAACCCGUCAAAGCCGACCAGUUUAACGGGGUCCUGGUGCUGAGCCUGCUGGACAAGAUCAUCGGGGCGGUGGACCAGAUCCAGUCCACCCAAAACCAACUGGAGAGCAGGCAGCAGGAGAUGGAAAACGUGGUGGGCAGCAUCCAGGGGGAACUGACCAAGCUGACCAAGUCGCACGCCACCACCAGCAACACGGCCAGCAAGCUCCUGGAGAAGGUGAGGAAGGUGAGCGUCAACGUCAAGACGGUGCGGCAAAACCUGGAGCGGCAGCAGGCGCAGAUCAAGAGGUUGGAGACCAACGAAUCGGAGCUGCUGAGACGUAGGAACUUCAAAGUGAUGAUCUACCAGGAUGAGGUGAAGUUGCCGGCCAAACUCAGCAUCAGCAAAUCCUUAAAAGACUCUGAAAAGCAGGAGGUCGAAGAGGAAGGCGAGGAGAAGGAGAACAAAGAAAACGAGCCAGAACAAAUCGAGCUGUCCUCCGACGAGGAGGUCGAAAUGGAGGAGACCAUCGAAGAGUCCAGAGCCGUGCGGAUCAAGAGAAGCGGAAUGAGAAGAGUCGACAACAUCAAGAAAGCUUUCUCCAAGGAAAAGAUGGAGAAGACCAAGGUCAGAACCAAAGAGAACCUGGAAAAGACCAAACAAAACCUGGAGAAGACCAGACACAACCUCGAGAAGAAGAUGACCAAGCUCGGAACCAAGAUCGUGACAAACGAAAGGCGAGAGCAGAUAAAGACCUCCAGGGACAAGUUCAAAAAGUCCUUCACUCCUGACCACCCGGUCUACGCCCGCUCGAAAACAGCCGUCUACAAGGUGCCCCCGUUCACCUUCUACGUUAAGAAGAUCCGAGAGGGAGAGGUCGAAGUGCAGGCCACAGAAAUGGUGGAAGUCGGAGGGGAGGACGAAGGAGAAGAGGAGGGAACCGAUCUGCUGAGAGGAGAGAGCCCUGACCCCAAUGCACUUCUCCAGAUCACAGAGGACAGUGACGCCGUCUUGGCCGAGAGAAGCGACAGCGAUUAGGCAGGGCACCCCCUUCCAUUCGGACAGAUCAGUUUAUAACCUUCCUCACAUUUCAAGAUCCAUUUUAUUUCCUUUUUUUUUCAUAUUCACACAUAUUUUCUUUCUUUUACCUUUUUUUUUGCCGCUCUUUACUCGACUAUAUGUAAUCACCUUUAUAUUAGGCAAUCCGCACUUUCAGGAAAUGGAACUGAUUGUGUCGUUGCUAUACAGAUAUAUAAAUA